UCAACCUCCCCGUGAUAUUAAAAGGAUCGUCUGAGAAGUCUUCCGGCAUUAUCUUUGUGCCUCGUGGUGGUGAGAACAACGCUCCCUCGUCGACUCCCGCACUAAGCUACGAGGUCGACAAGAAAACAUGAGGAUCAUGGAUCGUAUAGGGUCGGCUGGCAUAGCCAGCAUACUACUCCUACUGCCGUUGCUUGUGACGGCGAUGUCCCAAAGACCCCUGGAAGACCGUGCUCACUGGUGGGCCCUUGCCCAGAACGAGCUGGCUGCCGCCCUGAACGUCCGUGACAACUGGAACGUGGCGAAGAACGUGAUCAUGUUCCUGGGAGAUGGUAUGGGCAUCACAGUCAACACCGCUGGUAGGAUCUUCAAGGGGCAGAAGCAGAACAUGAACGGAGAGGAAGGAUACCUUGCUUGGGAGAGGUUCCCCAACGCCGGUCUCCUGAAGACUUACAAUGUUGACAAGCAAGUCCCAGACAGCGCGGCCACGGCUACGGCCUACCUCUGCGGAGUGAAAACCAGGUACUACACCCUCGGCGUCGACUCCAGCGUGAACGUGGGAGACUGCGCUGCCUCCAAGAACACGGCCACCCACACUCCUUCCAUCCUGCAGUGGGCGCAGGAGGCUGGAAAGGACACAGGUUUUGUCACAACCACCCGCGUAACGCACGCCACCCCGGCCGCCCUCUACGCCCACACGCCCCAGCGCAGGUGGGAAUGUGAUGGCACGCUCGGAGACGCGGGCGUCGGCUGCAAGGACAUCGCAGAUCAGCUCGUCACAGAGAAUCCUGGCAGAAAUAUCAAGGUAAUCAUGGGCGGAGGUCGGCAUCCCAUGGGCGCCGCUUCUGGGCCAUCCACCGCGGGCUCCUGCCUGCGCAGGGACGGGCGUGACCUUACGAAGGAGUGGCUCCUGGACAAGACCCAGAGGGGCUUCCGUGCCCGAUACGUCACCAACUUGGCGGAACUGGCUACAGUGGACACAGACGACACCGACUUCCUCAUGGGGCUCUUCGACGACUCCCACGUGCCCUUCGAGGUUGACCGCCAAGGAGGACCCCAGGGAACACCCUCCCUGGCCGAAAUGAGCUUGACGGCCUUGAAGAUGUUGAAGAAGAGCGACAAAGGCUUUUUCCUUCUGAUCGAGGGUGGACGCAUUGACCACGCCCUGCACAACAACAUGGCCCACAGAGCUUUCGAGGAGGUGGUUGCUAUGGACAGAGCUGUAAACGCCAUCUUGAGCGAGAUCGAUCUGGAAGAAACAUUGGUGGUCGUCACUGCUGAUCAUUCCCACGUGAUGACUAUAAAUGGUUAUCCUGACAGAGGCAAUGACAUUCUUGGAAUAACCGGAGACUUUUCCGAGGUGGACAAUAAACCUUACACGACAAUUAUGUUCACGAACGGACCAGGAUUCAACUUCACCACCGAUGGCCAAAGCGUCAUUAGAACCGACCCAAGGACCCAAAACUUCCGCAGUGUGGAUUACCAGUACCAGACCGCGGUGCCCUUGCCUGCCUUCGACGAGACCCACGGGGGAGAGGACGUGGCCGUUUGGGCUGUUGGCCCCAUGUCCCACUUGUUCCAUCGCACUCACGAGCAACACUACGUCGCCCAUGUCAUGGCGUACGCAGCCUGCGUAGGUCCCAGUAGGGGCGCCAGUUGCGAGCGCCCCGCCCACGCUACCAUCACCAGGGGCGUCUCCCCGCCCCAGCCUCCACGAGCGGCCGCAGCGGCUGCGGCGGCCGUGUCCGUAGGACCUGCCAUUGCCACGGCGGUGGCCUCCGUCAGUUCCUCGGCUUCGGCGGGAGCGAUCGCCGCUCCGAAGUUCCCGACUCUGUCGCCGAUUCUUCAGCAACUCAUUGAGACCAACGAAGAGAAGAUCGUCGAGUCCCUGGGAGCCGAACGGGUAUCGUCCUUCAUCUCCUCGCCAGAUGUACGAAAACUUCUCGGGCAAAGUGUACUCGUGCCCCAUAGCGCUUAAACACGAAUCAGAAGAGUGCCUACGUGUGUCACAUACCCAACGUAAGAACCGUAGGCAUGGAGAUUCGUGGAGAAAUCUGGCACUUUAGAAUUACUGUAGAAUGCUCUCUUUACCGCUUGUGGGCACUCCUCCCUUUAGGUUGUAUUUAGAGCAAGUUUGGAGCACCAUGUUUCCUCUCUAGGUACCUAGUACCCCUAACCAUGGCCGCCCCAAGAUUCAGCAAGGUUUACGUAAAACAGUACCUUUGGUUUUUGUUAAUGCACAACUUCUUUUCAUGCAUCGAAGUAAUGGCUUGAUAUUUGACACCUGAGGUCAAGAAGAUGCGGUAUUCCUAAUUCUGAUUGUCCAUUGCAUGUAGAUAAUGGUCUAAGUAACCCUUUAAUACUAUUGUACAUAUAUUUAACUGUUCAACCCAUGGCAUCGUUCAUGUUCUAAACUUUUUUUCCAUGGUACUUAUAACACCUGCACUAUCCUCUUUGAAGGAUGUAAACAGAUACUCCAGGCUGUACUAUAAGUUCCCUCCUAUGAUGUAAAUAGUUAGAGCAAAAGCUAGAGUACAUUUCCUAGUUGGCUUCACAUUCUCCAUUCUUGUCGCUGGAAAGAUGUGGCAACUAGCCACUGAGGGGCGUGGCUUGAGCUCAAACUUGGGGCAAAAUCAGUUGAAAAGGUCUUCUUUAAAUAUGUAUGUAGACGGAGAUGUUUCUGUUGGUCUGAGGCACGCCUGGUUAACUGGGUUAAAAAAUUAGUGUGCUAAGUAAUUCUGGCUUCAUAAAAGGCUUGAGUUACCUUUGUUGAUAUCUCUGCGAUGACAAAAUACCCUUAGCGUCAAUUAAUUUCUUCCUGAAAAUGAUGUAGGUGCUGGUCUCUUCCUAUAAAUUAUUAGUCUUCUUCGGGAAAAUUGCAUGCUUUCCCUCUAUAAAACUUCUGUAUAUAUCUAAAGCAAUCUAACUAUGUAUAUAAUGUCUACUAUCCUCAUGGGCACAUCUUGUGAAUACGUCGAGGUUGUGAUACAGCUGCUGUUUGUCUGGUAAGGAGAGCCUGAAUGAAACCUUGGUGUUGACGAGCUAAGAAGCAUGAGCCAAUAGACAAAGAUAUCAUUCCAGUGCAAAUCAGCAAGCAAGACAUCAUACAUGUUCCUUGUGUUUUCAUGAACAUUUAGCGUUUUUAUCACUAGUAUCCUCAGCACUGCAUGUCCGGUAUGGUGUCGUGUAUAAACAGCAUGCCUGUAGGGUGUGUGAGACAAUCGUGAACCUUGGCUUAGAAUUCAACUCUUUCCUUGCAGAUUUUAGGAACCAUUGGCAGUGCCCGCACCAAAUCCAAGUUCCCAGGAGGAGUAGCUGGAACGGCCACUGUCGUAGGAGGAAGUAACUUACAAGAACUUCUUGGGAAACACGCAAUCGACAUCCCGCACAGUCUGUAGA